AAUCAUCUGCAAUCCACAUUGAAGCUUCAUCGAUUCUUGAGCUAAAGUUUGGAAAUGGCAGGAACCACUUCUUCAAUCAUUUCCAAUCUAUUGUCUUCCUUGAAACGGUUGUCCCAGUUUAUGCCUACCUUUACUUCAUUGGUUGAAUCUUCUUCAUCAUCCAUAACACAAGAAGAUGUAACUUCUAUCGAAGUUAAUUCGAACCAAAAAAGAUUAAUGGAGGAUUUAAGCAGAUUGUCGAGGAUGCUGCAAAGAAUUCAGGCAGUUCUUCAUGAUGCCGAGGAGAGGGAGAUCUAUGACAAGGCUAUCCAACUCUGGCUCAACGAGCUUAGAGAAGUUGCAUAUGAUGCUGAAGAUGUCUUGGAUCAAUAUGCUUAUCAAGUUAUCAAAACCCAAUUGGAAGGAAUGACAACAUCAGCUGAAGUAAAGCCUUCUCUAAAAUGGAAACAAGUGGAUGAUGAUGAUAUUUAUGGCUCUCAGGUAUCACUUCCUCCCUCUAAUUCAAUUAAAAUUCCCAUUUCUUGUGACAUGGCCAUGAGGAUCAUUGAGAUCAUAAAGAAAUUUGAUGAGAUUGCAAAUGAUAGAAAAGCACUUUAUCUUAGAGAAGAAGAUAUACCUAGGCAGCCUCAUUUCAAUGAUGUUAUGAAGAGGCCACCAAGUAGUUCUCUUGUGCUUGAAUCUAAUGUUUUUCGAAGGGAGCAUGAAAAGAGAAGAUAA